AGCUCUUACCAGUGUUAAUUUCAUGAACUAGAAAUGGCGGCGACCCGCCGAGUGCUUUUGGGACCGCACGGAAUUUCUCCUGGUUUUGCAGCAGUUUCUACACAUUCUGAGGAAUAACCUGGAGGGAUAUUUCGUUGUUUUUUAUAUGUUUGAUUUGAACAAUGGCUUAUGAACAAGAAUCUCAUUGACAGUUUGGUGGUUAGGCGAUGAUAAUAGUUUCCAGAACGAUGGACUGGGGCGAGCGAUCCGGCGGUGGUGGUGGUACGGGAGUGGCGGACGAACUCACCCUUGAUCUCGAUGACAAUCUAGCCGAACUUAGUUUAGAAAGAACCAUAACAAGUAGUUUAAAGAGUGCUGAGGAAAUUGAGAGACUUACUGUUGACGAGCGCUUAAAUGACAUCGAGCGUGCUGUGUAUUUACUCAGUUCUGGUCAAGAAGUCCAGCGUAUCAGUGUUAUUAAGAACCUCCCCCAGCUGCUGACUGACCAUAGUAACGAUGCUAUGCGAAGAGUGGUACCAAAAGUCAGGGAGGUUCUCCACCUGGCAAAUUGUGAUCUCCAGGAUGCGGCCACCAAGGUGUUUGUUACUAUCAUCGAGGAGAGGAUCAUUACACCUGCUUCGUACGCUCAGAGCUUCCUGCAAACCAUCCUUAGUAACGUCGACAAUCGGGAUCCAGAUGUCUCAGAAGCCUGGCUGGAGGUACUACUGCAGGUCAUCUCAUUCUUACCCAAGGAUAUCCUCAAGAGAGAUGUUUUGACGGUGGCAGUGGAGAAGGGCCAGUUGUCCCAGUCAGUGCAGUCCAGACUAGCGAGCUGUCGGAUCCUGGGCAAAGUAGCGACACGCUGCGAUUCCUUUAUGAUCAAGAGAGACAUACUGCCGCUAGUUCAGUCGCUGUGUCAGAAUGUUGACUAUGAAGUGCGGUCCUGUAUGUGUAGACAGUUAGACUCGGUUGCCAGAGGCUUAGGGCUGGAGCCCACCAAGAGUGCAAUACUUCCAGAGCUGGUGGAACUAAGCAAUGAUGAGGAGAGCUGCGUACGCUUAGCGGCGCUGGAGACCAUAGUUAGUCUGCUUAGUCUGCUGGAUGAUGAGACAUGUACGCAGACUAUUAUUCCACUGGUGUGCAAGUUCUGUGAGAACGCCAUGCAAAGUGAAGACUCCACCUUGCCCGCUGUGGCCAGGCAGUUUGGUCGACUCUGCCAUGGCUUAUCAGUCAAUCUAACAGAAGACCAGAAAAUCUGGUUCUUGAACUUCUACUGCAAGUUAUGUGUGAUCGGUCUGGUGCCUGAGAAAACAAGGGUCAACGACAGACAGGACUCACUAAAAACAGGAAGUUCCCAACAUAAGAGCCCUCCCAUCUUAAACCUCUACAGGGAGGAGGACAGGCAUAUGGAAUGCAGACGACACUGUGCUUUCAACUUUCCAUGUAUGGUUCUAUUUGCUGGUCCACGCAACUUCAAAAUGGAGUUACAUGGCACGUUUGCGUGUCUGUGUGACGACCCGAACAAGUGUGUACGAGUGACGAUGGCAAGCGGUUUCCAUGAGGUCGCCAAGAUGCUUGGCUCCAGUGUUCUUACGAUACAGGGUGAAUUAAUCAGUCUGCUCAAAGACGAUCUACUCGAGGUAAUUCAUGGCAUCAUAUCACACUUACCGGAAACCUUGGACACAUUUGCAAAGGGUGGCAACGUAGUCACCGAAUCAAAGAUUACGGGUCUAGCGGAUUUGAUCCCAGCCUUGAUCUCAGCUGAGACUGCCGCAGCCUCCUCAAGGAAUUGGAGAUUGCAUCGAGACAUACUGGAGAAGUACAGUUGUCUUCCGAGGUGCUUAACAAGCGACCAGAUCUACAACAAGAUUGUACCGAUGUUCUUCAAACAUAUUAUUGCACACAGGGUUUUACCUGUGCAACUAGCUGCAGCCCACUCAUUAUGCGUCUUUAUGCGAUAUAACCGCCGACUAGAACAGAGACAAGACAUAUGUGGGAGACUUAUUGAAGAAUGCUGCCAUUCCGGGAACCAUCGCUAUAGGAAGCUAUUUAUUGAUGUCUGUCAUUUCUCCCUCGAGCUCUUCUCCAAAAACUACUUCAAAGAAAACCUGUACAACUCUGUAAUACAACUUGCACAGGACCCAGUACCAAACGUCAGGUUAAAGUUCUGCUCUUUGCUACCAUUGCUGAAAUCCCAGUUCAAACUACCCAAAGACCUGCAGUUAUUACAGCAGCUCGAGACACUAGUCAGGAGGUUACUCAGUACAGAGAAUGAUCAUGAUGUAGUCACUGCAGUCAGAAGGGCUGUGUUUGAGCUGGAUAGGAUAAAGAUGACUGUUGGAAUACAGACCUCGAAGCAUCAUCAAGAAGAUGAUCUUCAAGAUCAGAAGAAAGAAGAAGACGAGCAGCUCCUCCUCGAGAUGGAGAGACGAGAUCACGAGGAGGCUGACAGUAAGACGGGGAGCAGCAAGGCGCCUAGCUCGGCCAAGGGUGGUGAUAAGAGGAGAGAGAGUAAAGCGGGAGCAACGAGUACAGCGGCUGCAACGGCAACGGCUCGUAAAACAGCGGGUGCAAAGAGCAGUAAAACUGGGAGUGCAACAGGCCGGAGGGUAGCACCAUCUUCCUCAUCAUCUAGUAACACAUCUGUAUAUAGUUCUCCAAAUAAAGCAACUACAAAAACAGCGAAAUCCCAGGGCAAGAAAUCUAUUGAGAAUGCCACGUUUGCGGCACCCACAGCAAGCAGUGCAUCCAAAGUGACGUCACUGUCUGCCAAGACGGGGAAACGAUCUCCAACAGUACAAGAACCAAAUAAUAAUAAGCCUCCUGCUUCAAGCCGGACUAAGAAAGACACCAAUGCAAGUACGACAGUAGAUGGUCAUACGAGUAGCGGAUCGUCACUAGUAAAAAGAACGUCUAGCACAGGGGGAACGCAUGGAGAGCUAAGACGGAGCUCAGGUUCAUCUGUUACAAGUCCACGGGUACGCCAGUCAUCUAGUAGUAAUAUAGCAACAUCCAAUUCAACAACACGAAUUGCUUAUGUGUACUACCAAUGGGAUUAUUACUGACCAGUGCCUGAAACUAAAGACUGCGAGGUCUAUAGUAUGAUGAGGGCAUUAAUGAAUGCAGCUAGGGCAGUAGCCGGAUAUAAUGGACUGUGAGCUUUCAGGCAUGGAGCAACGUAUUCAUCUAUUGAGAAGCUUGUCGUGAAAUCUUCAAGGGGGAUGAGGAGAUUACAGGCUCAUCUUAAAAACUCAAGACUGGACACUUGAUGUGAUUUGCAACGCCUUCAUUUCCAAUGGCCAGUCUAGGUUCCAAAGAUUCCAAGGGUCUUUAUAAUUUACUGAGACAAGGAUAACAUUUUUGGAAAAAGUCUGCUUUUAAGAGCGACGGAGAAGACGACACCUUCUACAUUCCUGAUUCUGCGUAUCAAGUUGAAAUGUUUGCAGGUAGAUUCGAUAAGUGACGUCUUUUUAAACCAGACAUCUUAGAGAUUGAAAUAUUUUGAUUCAGUAACUGUGCCUUAUAGAGGAUAAUUAUAUUAUAUGAAAUCAAGAAUUGUGUUAAAUGUUCUUUGUAGUCCAAAAACACAAAGUGCCCUUUUUAAAAAUUCAAAGAAGGAAAAUAAAAUUUUAAUAAUUCUGAAGUGCCAUUUUUAAAAAGUCGAAGAAGGAAAAUAAAAUGUCAAUAAUUUUGAAGCGCCAACAGCAUAGUUAACUUUGUACAGUGUCUUCUGAGAGGCAAAGUGGAAACCUUGAUCUAACUAUAUUGACCUCAAAGCAUGUGCCUAGAAUUUAACGAUGAAUAUGAUAGAGUAUAUUAGGAAUUGUAAUAAGAAACGACAACAAUUUGAAAAAAUAACCUCGGCCCGGUGUCAUAUACAUCUAGCUGCUUUAAACACACAAAGUAAUUGAAGCACCAUCAAAAUUUGCUUACAAAGAAAGGAUUACCAGUUAAAACACCAUGUAAAUUAUGCUGUUGAUGCCUGGUUCCCUUCAUAUAUUCUACUUAGCAGAACUUUGUUUAGCAAUAUGUAUCUGCUUAAAGACACUGGACACUAUUGGUAAUUGUCAAAGACCAGUCUUCUCACUUUGUGUAUCUCAACAUA